CAUGCGCAACAAAGCCCUCCAUGUUUUAUUCUGCACUGCCAACUGGGCUUCCUGCGGGAUGGUUUUGUGUGAGCGUGAACUACUCUGUAGAUGCUGCCGGAGUGUAAGAUCUCGUAGCCGUUAGUUUUCAGGAUAUGCGGGUUUGUCCGGCAAAACGUGCAGGAAAAAAUGUCACUGCUUUUCAUUGCGUGAGCCGUGUCCCUUCCUGCUUCUGCUUUCCAGUAAUUCUUUCGUGAAUGAUCCAGUGACUGCAAUCUUACUCCCCUUUUAAUGGCGAAAGGGUGGUUUUGUAUAGAUGAAACAAAAUUGAGAGAAAACAUCAGGAAGCGGGAAGCAGCGGCCACACUCAUAUGCUAGGGGUCACGACAGAGGGAAAACGUGUUGCAAGGAUUUGAUCAACGUGAUUUGCUUGUGCUAAUAAAGCACAUUGUACGAUUGUGGAGACUCAAAGAGAAUUAAAAUAAGUUUUUGCCUUUCUGGACGUAUCUUCGCCUUUUGAAACUUGCACGACUGCCUAACGAUGAACACCACAACCCGUUAUUUUCGUGACCUCUUCAAAAAUGCUCGCGAAAUGCACCACGGGAACACGGUGUUAGUGCAACGGGACGCCGGGCAAUCUUGGUGGAUGGGAUUCGUGCGGGACAUCCAGGACGAUCGUUUUCUGGUGGACUUUGAUGCCAGCUCAGUUCCCGCCCAGUGGGUCCCCGCGCAGCAGCUCUUUCCCCAUCAUUUUCUCAGCCUGAAUAACGCUUGGGAAGGGACCACGGUGCAGGUGGCGCUGCGUACAGCCGCCGAUCAACCGAUGGUCUUCCGGUCGUGCACCCUCAUCAAGGAGGAAAAAUACUACGGAUUGCUAUGUAUGGUCCGCCUGCAAGACGACGGAUCGGUGCAUGUCGUGCACCGCAAUCAUCUAGUGACGACUCUACCGCCGGAUGACAGUGAAUGCUUCGCGGGUCGCCGCAGCGGGUUUCUGUUCCGGCGCUACGAGAUCGCCGUUCCCCUGGGACAAGCGUUAACCACCGUGGAUUUCCUGGCAAUUUACGUCAACCAGGUCUGCCAACUGAAAUUGAAACCGGGCCGUGGGGUGCUCUGUGACGCCAGCUGCCCAGUGACCCAUGACCAGGGGGUAGACGAUAUGGUGUUCACUUGCGCGGGACGGCAUCAGAAGAUGCAGGGGGCUCGGUAUACCUUCGCUAUCGGGUGCCGUGUCUUUGCGCGACUGACGGACGACCACACGGUCGUUUUCGUUUGUGCCGAGAUGCAUGGGAAUGAGGAGGGGCACAGUUUGUUCUGGACUGCCGAUUCCUUGCGAAGCGCACUGCUGGAUUACGUGAAGGAGGACUUGGUGGGACAGCGUCUUCGGCUGAUGUUCCUCGCUGCAGCCCCGUGCU